AUGUUCCUUAUUCUAUCUCUAUUCCUCCUCUUCCUUGGUCUUGCCGCCAUCCUCCUCCUCCUCGCCGGUUCAUUUCUCCACCGCCGCCGUCAACGCCUCCGCCUCCGCUCACCUCCACCUCGCACUUCCUCCUCCUUCUCUCUCCACGACAUACAGAACCACAUCCCACCCUUCCAAUACCCUGCCGCGGACAAAUCCACAGCCGCGGCCUCCGACGAUUGUUCGAUUUGCUUGGAAUAUUUCAACGAAGGAGAGAUCUGCCGUGUACUUCCGGUGUGUGACCAUGUCUUCCAUGCGAGAUGUGUCGAUAAAUGGUUAACGAAAGUACCCAAUUGCCCAAUUUGCAGGACCCGGGUCCGAUUAGACGACGUUGGGCCCUCCGAUUCCAUGAUCAGUGACGAAGAAACUAAAUUUUUAUGGGCAAUCGGCGUAGCUAGGUAG